AUGGAUCUGUAUUACGAGAUCCCUCUCGUCUACAGCACUCCUUUGUGCGCUUUUGCUCACCUAACCUAUCGCUAUGGCAUGACACAAGACACAGAAAGCGUGCUGUUGAGGUUGAUGAACGGGGGCAGUCGAUGCGCCGGGAGACUGGAGGUACACUACAUCGGAAACUGGGGGACAGUGUAUGAUGGAAAUUGGGACCUGAAUGACGCGACUGUGGUGUGCCGGGAGCUGGGUUGCGGCGAAGCUGUGGAUGCCCCGGGUGGGGCUCACUUUGGAGAAGGCUCCGGACCCGUUUGGACCUACAAUGUUCAGUGCAACGGAAAGGAAACAACCCUGCGGGAGUGUAACUCUGAAACCUGGGAUUAUUAUGGGGUUCCUCACUCCAAUGAUGCUAGUGUCAUCUGCUCAGGUCACAGAGUUCCAAGAUUGGAAUCCGGACAUGACCAAUGCUCAGGAAGACUGGAGAUGCUCUUUGGGAAAACCUGGGGAACGGUGUGUGACCUGCAUUGGGACGUGAAAGAUGCCAAUGUGGUGUGCCAUCAGCUUCAAUGCGGAACCGCUGUCUCUGUGCUCAGUGGAGCACAUUUUGGAGCGGGGAGUGGAACUAUACUGAACGGUGUACUUAACUGUCGAGGUAAUGAGUCAAGCAUUCAGGACUGUUCAUUUUCUUCAAGGAAUCAUGGUUGCACCCACACGAAUGAUGUCAGUCUAAUCUGUUCUGGGAAGGAUGGACCACGACUGGUUAGCGGGGAGAACAGAUGCUCUGGCCGUGUGGAAGUCCAGCAUGGAGACCAGUGGGGGACACUUUGUGAUGAGUACUUCAGCCUGGAAGAUGCAAGUGUGGUCUGCGAACAGCUACAGUGCGGUGCAGUUAAAGAAACUCCCAAGGGUGCUACCUUCGGCAAAGGAAACGGACUGAUGUGGAGGGAUAACUACCGCUGUCUGGGAAACGAGACCCGAUUAGCUGAUUGUCCAGUCUCAGCCUGGGGUCAGAUUAGCUGCUCUCAUGGGAAUGACGCCAGUCUUAUCUGCACUAAUGAAAGUUGGUCCUUGAGACUGAACGAUGGGGGAAGCCGCUGCGAUGGCCGAGUGGAGGUGUAUGACAAUGGUACCUGGCGUAGAGUGCAUCAUAAAUUUUGGACCAGCAAAGAAACAACUGUCGUCUGCAGACAACUGCGUUGCGGCUCCGCGAUAUCUGCCUACAACUUCUCAAAGUAUAGAGAGAAUGAACGGCCCGUGUUGGUGACGGAUGUUCAAUGUGAAGGAAACGAAUCACACCUCCAAAACUGCAAGAGCUCCAUGUCGAAACCGUUUUCCUCUGACACCACGGACGUUGGUGUCCUGUGUUCAGAUCACUUGCAAUUAAGGUUGUCGGGAAGUGAUGAUACAUGUGCUGGGAGACUGGAGAUUUAUUACGACGGAUCCUGGGGAACAGUUUGUGAUGACUCCUGGGAUCUGGUUGACGCUGAUGUGGUCUGCAAACAACUGGGUUGUGGAUAUGCUUUGGAGGAAAAAACAAUUCUUGAUUACUGUGGUCAAGCUACUGGAGUAGUUUGGUUGGAUGAAGUGAAUUGUUCGGGUAAUGAAUCACAUCUCUGGGAAUGUCCUUCAGCUGCAUGGGGCCAACAUGACUGCACCCAUAAAGAAGAUGUGACAGUUAAGUGUUCCGGACAUAAAGAAAUAUGCCUGGUGAAUGGAGAUCAGCGAUGUGAAGGCAGAGUGGAAGUGCGCUACAAUGGGACGUGGGGAACAGUUUGUUCCGAGACACUGGAUACAAAUGCUGCGAACUUGAUCUGUAAACAAAUGAAAUGCGGCCCCCUGAUAUCUAUAAAAGAUGACUUUAAGACAUAUGGAAAGGGAUUUGGUCCAAUAUGGCUAGAUGAGAUAAAAUGUUCUUCGUAUGAGUCGAGUUUUUGGCAAUGUCGUACUGACCCGUGGGGGAAACACAACUGUGACCACAGGGAGGAUGCAGGAGUUGUAUGUGAAGAAGCAAGAAUACCGGAGAGUUGCAGCGUCAAGGCCUGCGAUUCACGAAAUUUACCUGUUUCUCAAGAAUUGCAGUUGCGUCUUUUUGGCGGCAAUGGCAAUUGUUCAGGAAGGUUGGAGAUCCUGUUCAAUAAUACCUGGGGCACUGUUUGUGAUGAUUCCUGGGAUCUGGCCGAUGCCAAUGUUGUCUGCAGGCAUUUGGGCUGUGGCUCUGCCCUUUGGACACAAGCGCUGGACGGAAUUAUUCAGAGCGUCAGUGAUAUCUGGCUGGAUGAAGUGAAAUGCAAAGGGGGUGAAUCUCUGUUGUUCAGUUGUCCUUCCUCUCCACUCGGACAGCAUGACUGUGAUCACAAGGAAGAUGUCUUUGUUGUUUGUUCUGACGGAUUUGGCAUUGCAACAGAUUCGGAAAUUACGCUCGUGAAUAUGCACGUGCCAGUGUUCGUUGUUGUCUGCAUUACCCUUGGGAUCAUCCUCCUGGCUGAGUUUCUUGCCCUUAAUCUGAUAAUAAAGAUACAGUCUGCAAGAAGAGGUGCAGUGUUAAAAGGUGGAGACUCACCCGAUGUAUUUUACCAAGCAAUAUAUGAAGAGAUUGAGACUAGUCCUCACAUCAAAAAGUCGGAUAAGACAGGCGAUUCAGUGCGGAAUCUCAUGCUCCCAUCCGACGUCGGGACAAUCAGGCGUGGUGACUCCCAGCCUGAGGUAGAUCGCCUAAUGAUGCUGGCAGCUAGCUCUGGUUCAAUUGAUUCCAUCGAUCAAAUCGACUAUUACACCAGCGACCCGUUUAACGGCACCGUUCAUGACCUAGAAUGUAGCGAAGGAAAACCCUGUGUUGCCGAUCUGGUUCCCGGCGCUGAAAGUAAAACGAUUGAUAUUCCUGAUGCUCUGGUCGGGAUGGCCGGCGGUGCCGACAAUUGCUGAUGAUCACAGUUUCGAACAUUACCACGAAAAUUAAGGUAGAUUAGCAUAAACUGCACGAUCCCAUAUUCUAAUGCCAGUCAUGAAGGGAAUGGAAAUAUUCUGACUCAUAUCGAGUUGCUAUCCUUUCAUCUGUCAAGGAAGAUGAGCAUGCAGAUCUUCAUCUUGUUUUCUCCUGCUGAAAAAUUACCAAAUGUAAUAUUGACAUUUUGAGUAUAUCUGUUUUGACUCUUGUCCUAUCACUUGAUAGAAAACAUCUGUGCGUAAUUGAAUGUAAAUAAGUCUGACGAAAUGGAAAAAUAAAUCUGGAUAUCCCUCGGAAAUAAAUAUCAUGGCCAUUUUAUCGAUUAUUAUUAAAAGCCAUUUGCAUUUCCAGUAUGCCAUGCAGCUGUUAAAGAUUUCUUAGGUGUUCAGAUGAAUGGAUU